UGAGAGAGACACACCGCAAACAAAUAUUUCAAAUUCUGAAAGCAGUCGGUCGGACUGAGUGAAGUGGAAUCGGAGCUGAAACACCCCAAGAGCGAUAAAGACUGUGGACGCGCACUGCGUUAAGAUGAUACCGGUGUAGUUGUGUCAAACACAUCAUAUUACGCGAUUUCUGAAACUGAGCCUGCGAAGCACUCUUCCCUUCAGUUUUUGGAGCGCAGCGGGCAGCUUUUAAUUAAGGCUAUUAUUUCCCUCUGAGACAGGCGUGUGGUGUAUGUUGCCUAGCAAUUACAAGUUAAAUGGUAUUUUGGAGAAGUCAGCAUUAAGAAAAUAAAUAUUGGAGCACCGGACCAGUCUCACAUCGGAUAAGCAAUACUGUUAUGAAGAGGGGUUGAGAAAGGACGAUGCAAAGGCUGUCAACGCUUUGAAGUUCGCGAGACCCGACCUCAAUCUCUGACCGACUUUCAAUCGGCCCACUGAAUUAAUUAUUGGAACCUGUCAUGUUCGUUUAAUGUACAUGGAGAAGAAGAGUUAUUUACAUGUAGGCUAUUAUUAAAACCACGCAAAACGCGGUACACUGGAAAGUCCAUUCGCUGGAAUAUAUAGCGUUGUAAUACAGAAGGAAAUAGACUACUGAACUACAUAGUACAACCAAUAUUUCCGAAGAGACGUUUGAAUUUCCUCUGAAAUGGACUGACACCGAUCAAACCAAACGUAUCUCCAUAAGAUAAUGACCGGCAAUUUAGAGGCUUAUUGGGACUUCAGAGUUGAGAAAAUGCAUAACGAUAAGUAACUGACUGACAGUUGGUGUUUCAUGUGUGCAAGAUUCAUUCCAAAAGUGGUGUGAUAUCCUCUCUUGUGAUGAUUGAGUAUCCCUACUCUGGUACAGGAGGCAUCUCGUGGUAACACAGUAGCUGCGGCAAGGAAGGAGUGGAGUUUGGAGAAAUCAGCAAAUAAACGCACAGAAACAAUGUGGCUGCGAAUUCUUCCGCAGGUGUUGACCAUCUGGGCUGUGGUGAUUUCCGGGACAACGGCUGACCUGACCUGCGAUACACUGCUACUGCUGUCCACCAAUCUCACUGCACGUACGUUGGCACUGGGGAAUCUGACCCUCACACCCAGCAAUGUCACUGCCGGCCUGUUCUGUAACAUGUCCAUCGAUCCCAUCGGUACCUGCUGGCCCAAGAGCACCGCAGGGGAGUGGGUGUUACGGCCAUGUCCAGAGAUGUUCUAUGGCGUCAAAUACAACACCACCAACAAUGUGUAUAGAGAAUGCCUUUCCAACGGGUCUUGGGCCGUGAAGGGCAACUACACCCAGUGUCAAGAGAUUCUCAAUGAGAAAAAGAGCAAGCUGCACUACCACAUAGCGGUGAUCAUAAACUACAUGGGACAUUGUAUCUCUCUGGCAGCCCUGCUGGUGGCCUUCAUCCUCUUUAUGAGGCUGAGGAGUAUCCGCUGCUUGAGGAACAUCAUCCACUGGAACCUGAUCACAGCUUUCAUCCUGAGGAACGCCACUUGGUUCGUUGUACAGCUCACCAUGAACCCUAAGGUGCACGAGAGCAAUGUGUUGUGGUGCCGGCUGGUCACGGCAGCCUAUAACUAUUUCCACGUGACAAACUUCUUCUGGAUGUUUGGGGAGGGCUGCUACCUGCAUACAGCCAUCGUGCUCACCUACUCCACCGAUAAGCUACGCAAGUGGAUGUUCAUCUGCAUCGGGUGGUGCAUCCCUCUUCCAAUCAUCAUUGCAUGGGCCAUUGGCAAGCUUUACUACGACAACGAAAAGUGCUGGUUUGGGAAGAAGGCAGGGGUGUACACAGAUUACAUCUACCAGGGCCCAAUGAUCCUGGUGUUGCUGAUCAACUUCAUAUUCCUCUUCAACAUUGUGAGAAUCCUCAUGACCAAGCUGAGAGCCUCCACCACCUCAGAGACAAUACAGUACAGGAAAGCGGUGAAGGCCACUCUGGUGCUGCUGCCUCUCCUGGGCAUCACCUACAUGCUAUUUUUUGUCAACCCCGGAGGGGAGGAUGAGGUCGCCCAAAUAGUCUUCAUCUACUUCAACUCCAUUCUGGAGUCUUUUCAGGGCUUUUUCGUGUCAGUGUUUUACUGCUUCCUGAACAGCGAGGUGCGUUCUGCGGUUAGGAAGAGAUGGCACCGCUGGCAGGACAAGCAUUCAAUCAGGGCUCGAGUGGCGCGCGCCAUGUCCAUCCCCACGUCGCCCACGAGGGUCAGCUUCCACAGCAUCAAGCAGUCAUCGGCUGUUUGAGGACCAACAAAACUCUGCUUUGGCUGAAAGCCCCCGUCUAACCUCUCACCGCCAACCACCCCUCCAACAUGUCCACCACAGCAGAGCACCUCUUCCCCUCUUCUCUCCACACCAACCGAGGGAAACAGCUACCGCACCGUGAUGGUUCACACAGUGUACACUUGGUCUGUAAUAACAACCUCACAGACCCCCUCCCAGGGGAGCGGUGACCUCUUUAGUCUCUCGCCUGCUGAUAUAUUGAGGUACGUUCGCUCAAUGCGUUCCCUCUGAAAGCUACGGAGGCUCAUGAUGACAAUGGCCAAACAAAGUAAUGUCAGGAGCUGACUUCUUGCCAAAAGGCAGCACAGGGUAUUGGUACAAUCCCUGUGGCGUUGGCAGAUUCAGUUGAGAGGUGACAUUUGAUGUCAGAUCUAUUUUUUUUCACCUGUUCGUCAGUAAAUUUAGUGUUCUCUUAUUGUUUUUUUUAUUCUGCAAAAUCCAGAAGUUGGAGUCCAUAUGGAUGGAGUUGGAGUCCAUUACAAGACUUUGAGAGUGGGAAGAAAAUGGUACUGGGGCACGUGCUUGUAUCAGUGUCAAAUACAUGAUACCUGUUGAACUGACCUGUUCAAGAUCAUAGACACAACCAUUUGAUUAUUUUUCCUUUGCAUGUUUUUAUUUUCUGUAGAAACAUUUUUGAACUUUGAGUUGGCUAUGCUUGCUGGCGCUGCAAAGGGAUUGACUGCCAUGGACCAUUCAUUUCAGGUCUGUCCAGACUACUGUCUCUGGAAAACAUUCUCCCUUUCCUUCCUGCUGUUUUUCUGAUGGAUCUUCAUGGAGACCCUGUUCCGAUGUGAAAUCUUUGGCCUCCAUUGAAGAUGGAUGCCUUUCCCAUUAUCCGUACAGCAACGACCAAGGCAUUGUGCACGCGGAAAAAGGGGACGUGACGUUAUCCAACACUGUUGCUUAUGUGAACGAACUGUGAAAAUUGGUACCCACUUGUCAAAGUAAUGUUCUGUUGAGUGAGGUUGUAAAAGGUGUUAAUUUUCAACUGGAUAAGCACUCCUUUAUGAAAGCACUUUUAUUUAUUUCAAAUUCCAAAAUUACCAGCACCGUAGUAAGACACCGUCCACUUUAGCAUAGCAUUGUUAAAAGCCAGAUUGGGAGAAAUGCCAAUUAUUAUUUUUUUUAAACAAAAGAAUUGAGCUAGAUAUGUUAAGGUCUGAGAGGAACGUAGAUGUUUUGGUUGAUUCAUCUCUACAACUUGCGUAUCUUAUCUGUACUAAAUCCAGUGGGUACUGGUAAUACUUUUUCUUGAGCCAUCCAUUAUGAAGGACCAUCAAAAAUCUGAUCCUCAUUCCAGAACAUAAAACCAUUUAUCAGAUAUUGUCAUGCACAUAGCAGAACUUUAUUUUUUAAAUUACACAUUCAUAAGUCAAAGUAACUAGGAAAAGAUGAACACAAGGUCUGGAAGAUGAUUGAGUGAAUGCUGACUUCUUGUGGUUUGUUCUGACAAAGGGGAAUAGCGUGAUGCAUAUUCAGAUAGACAUUAUCUAGACAGGACCAGUCUCAAAUGUAUUGCAGUAGGAUUCACCUCUCUCUCUCUGAAAAAUAUUGUGGGAGCCCUCCCAAAAAGCUUGUGAACUUGAAGCUUCAAUCUCAGGGUUCAGAGACCCAGUUGGCUUCCACACACAACCCCACACAGCACAGGAUGAAACCAAUUCAGACCAAAGUGCUACUUGGUGUUGUGAAGAUAGCUCGGCCCAGUAGGUAGAGCUGUGAGAGGACUGUGAGAGCUAUAAUGGCCACAGUGACUUCACAUCUGCCUCUCUCUCUCUCUCUCUCUCUCUCUCUCUCUCUCUCUCUCUCUCUCUCUCUCUCUCUCUCUCUCUCUCUCUCUCUUUCUCUCGCACUACACUUCUCUCUACCUCUCUCUCUCACACAGACCAGCAUGGUCCACUAAUUAGCUGUACCUGCAGGGAAGUCACAGCUAGUUUGGCUGACAGCUAAGAGCCAGGGACAAUUCAGGAAAGAGAGAAGAGUACCGAAGCCUGUAUCCUGACACUGUUCCCUGCUGUGCAACAUCUCUAUGAAUGAGCAAGUGAAUGGAAGAACUGGGAAUGAAAUGAAAAGGGCUUUUGUGGUAAAAGAGGCAAGGAUGGAAACUGAGACCAGCUGGGAUUUGACUUAAAAUGUUCCCCUGGCAUAGCUUGGGAAGUAGGGGUGCUGAGGUUGCUGCAGCACUCCCUAAUAAAUCUACAUUUAAAAAAGUAUAACAAAAACAGUGAAAGCACCCCCCCAAAACAUUGUCCUGCGGCCAUGCCCCUGGGCCAUAGUGCACAAACAGGGACAGAAAAAGGGAUUGUUGAUUCGCAGAUUGUCAAUCUUGUUGGUUGUUUUGAUGUUUUUCUUAAGGGUUUGAAAGGCAUAGAGUGCUGUUUUUCAUGUAUUUGUUCAUACAGACCUUUGCUUUUUUGGAACACAACUAUAUACAGUAUUUACAACGUCAUGUCAACCCAAAAAUUCUAUGUGAUGUUUAAUCAACGUGGAAAACUGAUUGGAUUUGCAAGAAGGGAUUUCUGUAUUUUUUUCAUCCAACUUUUAACCUAAAUCCAAUGAUAGGGUGACAUUUUUGGUUGAUUUCACAUUGAAUUCACGUUAGUUGACAACUCAACCAAAUUCAAAUGAAAACUAGAUAUUGAACUGACGUCAAUACAGUGGGUAUUCAGUUGAAAUGCAUCCUGAAGUGCUAACUGAUAUUACAUUUUGACACAUAAACAUCAUCCUGACAACUCAUCGAAAUCCAAAAUGACGCACCCUGUCACAAGACACUGUGAUUAUUUUGCAAACUCAUAAACAAAGCCAACCUUCCGUUGACAGAAAUGUCUAUAGGCAACAACAAAAAAAUGGUUGAUCUGAAUCCUUUUUUUCCUCCCGGACCCUGUUGAUCAUUGUCAUAAAGCAGUCAGAAUAAAAUGUGUGAUUUCAUUGGCAAUGUUGUUUACAGAUCGCUUUCAGUGAUAGUUAUAAAACGUAUUGUCAGACAGAUGUAUCUUAUUCGCUGAAACGAAUGAUCACAAGAAUCACAGAUGCCACUUCAUCUAUGUCUGCCUGUCACCUGUGGGCUCUGCUUUAUUACCCAGUCAGGGAUGCUACAGUCAUCUAACACACACCAUGUACUCCUAAACAGCCAGGAUACAUGAGGUUGUUACAUGCAUUAGAUUGGAGGUUAGUCUGGAAUGGAAUUGCCAAUGUAUGAUAGUGUUAUGCAUUCCAAUUCCAGGUAUCUGCCUCUGUCAUGAAAAUAUGUUACCUCAUACCAAAAUGAUUUACCCUGGAAUUCAAAAGCCAGUUGGUUCUCUGUUAUAAUGUUACAAGGACCCUGUUCUACAUCACUGUUUCCAGAUUUUGGGGACUUGUACUCCAAACACGAUGUAAUUCUAUUCUGAACACAUAUUCUAGUUAUCAUAACCAGAUGCUAUUGAAAACCUUUUCAAUCAAAUGCAGUAUUUCAGUAUUAUGUAGCAAAUUAACUUUUUGGCUAUUUUCCUUCCUUUUCCAGGAAACAGGAAUAUUUUCCUUGUUUUUAUAGGUGUCUCUCAAAGUGUGUCGCAGUCAGCAUACUUCUCUAAUUUAGUAAUUACAUUGAAAAUGGCUCUCAUUAUCCAGUAUACAGUACACAGACAGCUUCAUAAUGAAUUCCAGUUAUUUGCACAAAUGCUAUUAGUGUAGUCAGCAACACCCGUGUGAUCAAAUGUUUUCUUGUUUUUCUUUGCCAUUCCCAAAAUAGUUUGUGGUCACAAACAUCCUCCAAAGACACUAGCUAUCUAGUCAAUAGGCUGUUCUUAUUUCUUGCCCUAUUUCUUCAUUUCAAUAAGAAAUGCGCUGCCCUUUCGAUUGUUUUUGUUUUCCUUAAUUGUGCAGAGGGGAAUUGUCCGAUUGCUCUCGAUGCAGUUAUAGUUACUAUAACAACGAUGUAAGUAAGUGUUCUUUCUCGGGUAUGUACGUUGCGUUUGUCUUUAGUGAAGGUCUAAGAAGCGAAAACAUUUGUAUUUAUUUAAAUGUCACAGAAUUGUAUAUUUAUCACAUUAUUUAAAAGGUACAGCUUUUGUUGAAGGACACAGGCCAACAUUACCUUAUAAUGUAGAUUGAUAAAUACAUCUAAUUAUGUCCACAAUGUGUCUACUUAAGAUUUUGUAAUGAUGAAAGGUGCGAUACGUAGGUUGAUUUUCACUUUUGUUUGAUAAUGUUGCAAUUCAAUUUUCUUUCCUCUUUCAAUGUCCAAGAAGGAAAAAUUAUAUUUAUUAUGUUUAUGAAUCUACUUGUUCAAUGUUGGAAAGCGUUGAGGAGUUGUACAGAGUUUGUCAAAUAAAAUAAAAUACAUAGCAAUCUAAUAAGAGAAAUGUGGAGAAAGUAAAAAAUAUAUGGAACAGUGCUACUACAUAAAUGGUGCAUUAAAAUGUGUUUUUUUAACAAACCAAAAAAAUCUGUCCAUUCCUCUCUUCCAUAUGACAUAACU